GACGCAGGUACUUAAUGCUCGGUUGGCAAGUCUCGGCGACAAAGUUGGACAAAGCGCGAAAUCCGUGGAUGGACAGAACAAGCAGUACUACAGAGCGGUACUACUAAGAUACGAACGGUGAUACGAGGCACGGGGCGCUCAUUCAAGUUGCACGCUCCUGGUUUUCUGGAAAUCGUCAGCGGUCGGGGCCAUUAAACGCGUUAUAUGUGUCUUGCAAUUUGAUCCCGCGGCGCUCGGUGCGGUGCCCUGAUCGGAGAAUAAUUUACGCGAAUUCCUGGGCAUCCUGGGUCUCUGUGCGACCAGCAGACCUCCUGGGUUCCUUUUCACGCCCCUCAUGCCACCAUCGUCUCGUCAUUCCCGUUGUCGCGCAGUAUCCGAUACUCGUCGCGCCGAACGUCGUCGACGGUCAUCAGAAAGACAGUGUGUGUGUGUGCAUCCAGCAUUGUCUCGCCGAUUUUUCGGUGAGUAGUGUGAGACAUAUCCACUUCAUGUGCUGCUGCAUUUGACGCGAAUGCCGACCUAAUCCCGUGAUCGCACGACUGAUAAAUAAAUGCAAGUUUCUGAGUAAUGCAGGGCAUAAUGCCAGUUAAGACAAAAUCACGUGUUCCCGAAAAUAUGGGGGUCACAGGUGGACUGGUAGAUGCCCGUGCUAAGCAAGUCUUAAGAGAGGCUGUAGAUGCUGUUGUUAAUAGCUUUGCAAAGCAUAGUCAAGGUUAUGGCAGAGUAAAUGUUGUGGAAGCAUUGCAAGAAUUUUGGCAGAUGAAACAGGCCAGAGGAACAGAAUUGAGAAAUGGCGCAUUAGUUAUUUAUGAAUCUGUUCCUGGUGCCAAUCCACCUUACGUUUGCUACGUAACUCUUCCUGGAGGAUCUUGUUUUGGAAGCUUUCAAAACUGUCCCACAAAGGCGGAAGCACGCAGGUCGGCUGCAAAAAUCGCGUUAAUGAAUUCUGUAUUCAAUGAACAUCCAUCGCGAAAAAUUACUGAUGAUUUUAUCGAGAAAGCUGUCGCAGAGGCGAGAGCUAGUUUUUCCAAACCUUCGGCAACAUCAAAUGGAGUCAGUAGCCAAGCACAAGGAAGCAGCGAUGAGAAGGAAGAUCCAAAUACAGGUAUAGGUGCGUUUCGUUUUAUGUUGGAAUGUAAUCGUGGAAGAACAAUGUUGGAAUUCCAAGAAUUAAUGACAGUCUUUCAAUUGCUUCAUUGGAACGGUUCUUUAAAAGCCAUGAGAGAAAGACAGUGUAGUAGGCAGGAAGUAGUCGCGCAUUAUAGUCAUCGGGCAUUGGACGACGAUAUGCGUAGUCAAAUGGCAUUAGAUUGGGUCGCUAGAGAACAUGAGAGUGGUGGCGGGAUCGUGGCAAUGGAAUUGGCUUUGGCCGAGCGUGAAUUGGAAACUGCGCGAUUAGCAGGACGAGAACUGAGAUUUCCAAAAGAAAAAAAAGAUAUAUUAAUGCUCGCACAUGCGCAGGUUUGUCCGCAAUGAAUUCUAAUAAGAAUACUAUUGCGGUACAUAACGUACAAGACUGGUCUUUCACGAGAGAUAAGAUUUUGUAAAAACUUUUUUAAAAGUUUUUUUGAGAUUUGUUUUACAAAAACUAUUUUAUUUCUUUUUAAGGCCUUUAUGGCACAAGAACUAUCUCGUCCUUUUUAUAAAGCAUAAACUCUAUAACCUUCCUUUUCUUAUAAAGCAUUUCUGGUGAUAAUAGAUCUUAAA